UGCUGGCAGAUCCCAGGCCGCAGUGAUUUGGUAGCCGCUGCAGUAGGAGGAAGGACCGCGGUUCUACCCCCUUCUAUCUUUCAGUUUCGUCUCGAAAUUCUGACGUUGGUUCCUUCUUGUAUCGAUCGGUAAAUUGAGUGCACAGUAACGGUGUUCUAUGAAAACUAAGUCGUAGUAUUACCAACGGACAGUGAUACCAAUCGCCAUUUUAAUCGCACGUUUUCCCUGACAGAAGCGCUAGCACAACAAUGGCUCUGAAAAGAAUUCACAAGGAGUUGAACGACUUGGCACGGGACCCACCAGCCCAGUGUUCUGCAGGACCAGUAGGAGAUGACAUGUUUCACUGGCAAGCCACGAUAAUGGGACCUAAUGACAGUCCUUACCAGAGCGGGGUUUUCUUCUUGACCAUACACUUCCCCACAGACUACCCCUUCAAACCGCCAAAGGUUGCAUUUACCACGAGAAUCUACCACCCAAAUAUCAACAGCAACGGCAGCAUUUGUCUUGACAUUCUGCGAUCACAGUGGUCUCCGGCUCUCACCAUCUCCAAAGUUCUCCUGUCCAUCUGCUCUCUGCUGUGUGACCCAAACCCGGACGACCCCUUAGUACCCGAGAUCGCCCGCAUCUACAAGACGGACAGGGAAAAGUACAACAAAAUAGCUCGGGAAUGGACACAAAAGUAUGCAAUGUAGUGUUGGGGUAGAAUCAUGGCCAACCACCUCUACGACAUAAGGUUAGGGGAGCUUCAGACGUAAAGAGAAAACAAACAAAAAACCAUUCAAACAAAUGAGAAGUUUAAAACAAGAUCUUGUUGGUUUCCAUUGGAGUGCUUUCUUUGAGCCAACCCUCCCCUUCACCAGAGUACCUGUAAAACUCCCUCUGCCCCUCCCCCCUCUCUCUUUCUCUCUCUCUCUCUUUUCUUCUUCCUCUCCCCUCCCGCCUCUCAGCUCACCUGCCCACCCUCCAGUGUACAUAUUGUCAACUUGCAAUGGCAACACCCAUCUGUCCCUACUCCCUUUUCACCUCCUCCCUCCCCCGUGACCUCUGGCCCUAUCUCCUGACUCCAGUAUUCCGUUACAUUUUGUCACCGUGCAGGUUGGGCUGUCGCACCCCCUAACACCCCCCCUAUUCACACCUGCAUCCUACCUUCCCCCGGCGGUAAUCACUAAAUGCAUUCCUUUUGAGCAUCUGUAAAACUUUGAGGGGACCUUCUUUUUUUUCUUCUUUAUUUCCCUAUUUGUUUAGGGGCGUGGGGGACAAUAAGAUGGAGGGACUUUUACACUCUGCACCCUUUCUUGUUUUGUUGUCAUAUAAUUCCCAUCCGUAGAGGUGACAAUUCAAGAAAGCAGUUUGUUUUCGCGCGCGAGUCGAAGGGCACUCUGUUUUUUAUACAAUGAAUACUCAAACGAAAUCAUUGCAGGCUAUGUCAAAUGAACCAAUACAUAUAGCCUAUUUUGGUCUUCUGUUGGAUUCUACAAAAGGACUUGAAUUUAUCCCCACACUUCCUGCUCCUAACUCCCACCCCACCCAAGUUGACCCCUUUGUACACACACAUAGACACACAUGCACGCACAAUUAAAACCCAUGUCACCACCAACCAACUUUUCUUCAUUCACAAAGUGGAGGUUCUGGUCUGGACCAGGUAUUUAAGCAAUUUAUUUUUCUUAGUUUAACCCUCCCCACCCCCACCCUCCCCAUAACUCUAGGUUGCAUUUUUUUUUUUUUUUCCCCUUUCCUAAUUUUUUUUUUUUUUUUUUGCUAUUGUUAAAUUAGAAGCUAACAUCUUAAAUGGCUAUGGGACUGGCUUGGGCUCUGGGUGCAAGAAGAACCCACUCUUCUUGCACAAAACCUCUGUAUAUUGAAUUACCUGAGAGGCUCGUUGAGCUUUGUGUGUUGAUUAAACUGUGUAAUAAAAACCCAUGAUUCCUG